AUGAAGAACGCUCUAGCAUUGGCUUCAGCCCUGGCUUUGGCCGGGUAUGUCGACGCAGUUCCAGCAACCGCAAGCACUACUUGCUGUCGCGAACUUUCUCAAGCUCUGCCGUCCCUCUUCUUCUCCCCCUCUACAUCACAAUACAAUACCCUUAUAAAUGCUCGAUGGUCUGGUACCUCAGUCUUGCAUCCGGGAUGUGUUGUGACUCCCAAGUCUGCUCUCGAUGUGUCCAAGGCCGUCAAGAUCAUCACCAAGAACCAAUGCCAGUUUGCCGUCCGAGGAGGUGGCCACAAUGCCAAUACAGGCUUCAACAGCAUUGACGGCGGCGUCUCCAUUGAUCUGAGCUCACUAAACUCAGCUUCGUUGGCAGAUGAUCGCACAUACGUCAGUAUUGGUUCUGGUAUCACUUGGGGUGAGGCAUACGAUGCUUUCAACAGCAGCAACAUUGGCUUUACUGGCGGAAUCUGCGAGGACGUCAGCGCCGGUGGUGUCAGCCUCGGAGGUGGCCAGUCUCUCUUCCAGCCAAAGCGAGGAUGGGCCGUUGAUAACAUUAUCAACUACGAGAUUGUGCUUGCUUCUGGUGAGAUUGUGAAUGCCAAUGCCACGAGCCACCCGGAUCUCUACAAGGCGCUCAAGGGAGGCAAUACCAACUUCGGCAUCGUGACGCACCUCAAGAUUGCUGCUUUUGAUUUUGAUGGGCUUUGGGGAGGAGAGGUCUUUGUCAGUUUGAACGGACCGCAAGCCACAUACUCGCAAGUGCAGGACCAGAUGAGCCAGGCUCUGGUUGACUUUACGGCGAACAACCAUCUCGACAUCAACACGGCUGUGCAGCUCAUGACUGUUUACCUGGCGAACAACCAGGGUCAGAUUGUCAACGCUGCUUUUGGAAACACCAUUGGCGAGGAGAAUCCCGCUUCUCUGCAAGAAUUCCUAAACAUGCCGAAUCAGGUCAAGCACGAUGCUGGCCACAUCAAACUUGCUGAUUUUGUGCACCAAGUCAGCGAGUUCCAGGCUAAGGGAUAUCGUCAAGUCACUUCCAGUAUAACCUUUUCCAACGACUUUGCCACAGUCCGAGACAUCUGGGAUGUGACUGAUGCGAUUUACAACGGACUUGAGCACAAAGACCAAGUUGACUGGAUGAUUUCGUUUAUCCCCCAACCCAAGAUCCAGCAAUCAUACUCGACUCGCAGCGGCGGUAACAGCCUCGGCCUCCAGAGUGUUACGGAUGACCAGAUCGUGGUGUGGUUGACUUCACGCUGGACCGACCCCAGCCUCGACAGUAUGAUGUACGCCGCGCGAGACGAUUUCAUCGUCGCAACGGAAACUGUUGCAAAGAAAUACGGCACUUACCACCCUUUCCUCUACAUCAACUACGCUUCUCCUUCUCAGAACCCGCUCUGUGGAUAUGGAGUGGAUAACUUCAACUUCUUGAAGGCAACGGCGACCAAGUAUGACCCUCGUGGCGUUUUCCAGAAGCUGAUGCCCGGCGGCUUCAAGGUCAGCAAGACGACUUGCUCAUAG